CUCCUUUCAUUCCAUGGAGCAGCUCACAGGCGCCAUUGCAGAGGGAGAAUGGAGCUCUCUCAGUGGAACCUGCACAGCUGAGGAAGCAGCUUUCAUGGCUCAACUUCUCAAUCCUCCUCCUCCUCCUUUAAUCGCUGCCCAUCACCAUGAAUCUGCUUCCUAUUGUUCUCCAAGCUUCUACAGGCUUUCUCAAGAGAGCAGUGAGUUCAGUGGUGGAAGCCAGAGCCAGUGCAGCCAUUUAUUGUUCCCCACUGAGAAUAAUUGCUACAUUGGAGACUUUGGAAACAAUGGCGGCUUCCAUCUUGAAGAUGAGGACUGUAACUUGCAGGGCUAUUGUGAACCUGAGUUGACAAACUUAGAAGCUGCCAUGGAAGAGGAGGAGCACAACCAGCUUCAGCUUGAGAAUUCCAAGAAAAGAUCUUGGGGAUCUGGGGAAGUACAAAAGAGGAGGAAUGAGAGGUCAAAGAAAACUCAGAAGCUUACCUCAAACAGUAACUCUGAAGAUGGCAAUGCUGGCCCUAGCAGGCAAAGCACAAGCAACUAUUGCUCGGAAGACGAAUCCAACGCCUCUCAGGAGCCAAACGGAGGUGCUAACAACUCGAGAUCGAGUCCGAAAGGGCCGACCAAGUCCCGAGCCAGCAGAGGCUCUGCUACAGAUCCACAGAGCCUCUAUGCAAGGAAAAGAAGAGAAAGAAUCAAUGAGAGGUUGAAAAUCUUACAGAGCCUUGUCCCAAAUGGAACAAAAGUUGAUAUCAGCACAAUGCUUGAGGAAGCCGUUCAAUAUGUCAAAUUUCUACGACUCCAAAUCAAGCUAUUAAGCUCCGACGAUUUAUGGAUGUAUGCUCCGAUCGCUUAUAACGGAAUGGAUCUCCGACUUAACCCGACCCCGAUCACACCAAAAGAAUCAUGAAGCAGAGGAUGGGGGUAUUGUGCAGUUUGAGCACAAGUGUAAUCUUUUUGGGGGAAUAAUGUGUUUUUACCUCUAAUAACA